AGAGUCUCUACUCCUUCGCCUCUUGCUUAUAUCUCGUCAGUGUUUCCUUUCUCCGUUUGAUCGUAAGUCACGAUGGGCUGCUCCGCCGCUGGCGCUGCCCUCCUCACCGUAGCUUUCCUCCUCUCGAUUAUGCUUUCUGAUGCUAUCAGAAACCCCAUACGGCUUCCUUCCGAUAGAAACGAGGGUCUGAGGGUCGAAAGCGGCGGCGGCGGCGGCGACACCGUAGGCACCCGAUGGGCAGUGCUCAUCGCUGGAUCCAGCGGUUUUUACAACUAUCGUCAUCAGGCGGAUAUUUGCCAUGCAUAUCAAAUAAUGAAGAACGGUGGACUGAAAGAUGAGAAUAUUAUUGUUUUCAUGUAUGAUGACAUUGCACACAACAAGGACAACCCAAGACCAGGCGUCAUAAUCAAUCAUCCCAAGGGCGGAGAUGUGUAUUCUGGAGUUCCAAAGGAUUAUGUUGGAGAGGAUGUUAAUGUGAACAAUUUCUUUGCUGUUCUCCUUGGAAAUAAAACUGCUCUAAAUGGAGGUAGUGGAAAAGUAGUUGAUAGUGGUCCAGAUGAUCAUAUUUUUGUAUUUUACUCUGAUCAUGGUGGACCAGGGAUUCUUGGGAUGCCCACAUAUCCUUACCUGUAUAGUGACGAGUUGGUUGAUGUGUUGAAGAAAAAACAUGCUUUGGGGUCUUACAAAAGCUUGGUAUUUUAUCUUGAAGCUUGUGAGUCAGGGAGUAUUUUUGAGGGUCUUCUCCCAGAAGACAUAAAUAUUUAUGCAACGACGGCAUCAAAUGCUUAUGAGAGUAGUUGGGGAACUUAUUGCCCUGGAGAUCGCUCUAGACCUCCUCCAGAAUUCUACACCUGCUUGGGUGACUUGUAUAGUGUUUCUUGGAUGGAAGACAGUGAUAUACACAAUUUACAGACUGAAACAUUGAAGCAGCAGUAUCGACUUGUCAAAACCAGAACUUCAGUUAACGAGACAUAUAAAUCUGGUUCACAUGUGAUGCAAUUUGGAGAUUUAGAACUCAAUGUGGAAAACCUUUUCGUGUACCUGGGUUCCAAUCCUGCCAAUGCUAAUGCCACUUUUAUCGAAGAUAAUUCAUUGUAUUUUCAUAAUGAUGCUGUUAACCAACGGGAUGCAGAUCUAGUCUAUUUUUGGCAUAAGUAUGAAAGGGCACCUCUAGGCUCAUCCCAGAAGCUUGGUGCCCACAAGGAAUUACUUGAUGUAAUGGCUCAUCGCUUGCAUGUCGAUGCUAGUGUAGAACUGAUUGGGAAUCUGUUGUUUGGUUCUGAACGAGGAUCAGAAAUGCUGAAAAUGGUUCGUCCUUCAGGCCAGGCUUUGGUGGAUGAUUGGUCCUGCCUCAGAUUGAUGGUGAGGACUUUUGAGAUGCAUUGCGGAUCUCUCUCUCAGUACGGGAUGAAACACAUGCGCUCUCUAGCAAACAUUUGCAACGCAGGUAUCAGCGUAGAGGGCAUGGCAAAGGUUUCUGCACAAGCUUGCAAUAGCAUCCCCACCAAUCCCUGGAGUUCUCUCCACAGGGGUUUCAGUGCCUAAACUUGCGAUGGACUGGUCGUCAUCAUGUGAAUACUUGCAUUAAUCUAUAGUCAAGUUGUUUAGCUAUUUUCUCCAGCUAUACGUGUAUCACACAAAGGCUGGACAAAGUGCAUUCAUCACCAUAUCGUAAAGGUAUUCUCCAGCAAUGUGAAUAUAUUUUAAGAUGACUGGAUAUAGAUUCCCUACUCUGGUGUGUAAAUUCUUGUUUAAUUAGUGAAAAUGAAGCCUAAGUUAUCUGUGAA